CAAAAAUAUUUUCAUGUAUCAUUUUUUAAUUAAGUAGAAUGUAUUUUCAAUCAUUUAAAUUAUUUUAAUAAUUCCUUUUUAGUUUUACUAUGUAUAUUUAAACGUUUAACUUAUUUUAUAUUAAGAAUAAAUAAACAACAUCUUAUGCGCUAAUUUUAAUCUGUAUUUUACAAAAAUGAUUCUUAUAUUAAUGUGAUAUUCAUGUAUUAUUUGUUGUUCCUUUGGUGCUACUUUUACUUAAGCAUUUAUUGCUAAACAUUAUGUAUUAAUGUGAGCUAACUAGCAUAAAUGAUGGGAUUUUCUUACGAAAAACGACCAUUAAAACGACCACGACUUGGUCCUCCAGAUGUCUAUCCCCAAGAGCCUAAGCAAAAAGAGGAUGAAUUAACUACUGUUAAUGUAAAACAUGGUUUUACUACAUCAUUGACUAUAUCUGAUGAACACCAACAUGGAACUGCUCGCAAUUAUAAUAUUACAGCUUCAAAAAUUGGAGCUUUUUUUAAUGCUAUUAUCAAUAAAAAAGAAGAAUUAAACACUUUGUUGGAUACUGGAAGGAAACGAUUACAAAUUAAUCCUAAGGAUAAUUUUUGGCCAGCAACUGCCAGAUCUAAAACUACAGUUGAAGCUUGGUUUAAAGAUUUGGCUGGAAUAAAACCAUUGAAUAUACUUUCCAAAAAGGCACCAAAUUUUAACAAAAAAGAGGAAAUAUUUAUGUUGUUAUGUGAAUAUAAUGUCCCACUUAUUCGAGCUACAUGGUUUAUAAAAUUGAGUUCAGCCUAUACAAUUGCUGUGUCAGAAGCAAAAAUUAAAUCAAAACGUCAACUGCCAGAUCCUACAUUAGAAUGGACCAGUACCCUUUUGAAAUUUACCAAAGAACAAUUAAUUAAACUUCAAGAUUACUACCAAAGUACAUCAUCUUCAAAUAACAGUUCCUUGCAUUUUAUGACUGAAGAACAAAAAAUUUCACUUAAACAAUGGAACUAUUGUUCAAGUUUGAUCAAAUAUAUGUAUCAGGAGGGACUUUUAGAACGACAAGAAGUACUUCAAUGGAUAUUAGAUUUGCUUGAACGUUAUAAAUCAUCAUCAGUUAGUGAAGAUGGUUUGCUAAAAGUUCUAUGUCCUUUAGCUUUGCAGUAUUGUUCAGAAUUUUGCCAAUCUGAACUUUUAAGUCGAAAAUUAGUUUAUUUUUGUUCGAGAAAAUUGAAUUCUAUGUGUAAUUCAGUAGUAGAUUCAAAUCCUCCGUCAAGUCCUAAUUCUAAAGGAACAUCUAGUAUAAGUGCUCCUAGUAACAAUUCAACCAUUACCAAUGCUGCAGCUAUUUUAAAUGAUAUGAUGGCUUGUCCUCAUCAUAGGGAUAUUUUACUUCCAAUAAGUUGUAUUAUACAAAUAAUUCUUUUAGAAUGUCCCACAUCACUUGUUUGGAAUCAUUUGGGUGGCGGAAAACUACCAUCUAUAUUAAAUGGUUCGCCAUUAGACUAUUUACCUUGUUCUCCUAUAAUUUUACCUAUGCCUCAAAGAACAAAUAAUGUUUCACUAAGGAAACAACUCAAACAAUUUGAAGAAAUUGUAAGACUAAGAAGUCAAGCAGCUGAAGGCAGAUGGUGUUUAGACAAAUUUCAAAAGUCUUCAAUAGGAGCUAAAACUAUGAAAAUUUUAACAGUUUUGGAUGCUCUAGAUCGUCAUAGUUUUGAGCGUAUUGAUCAAAAUAAUUCUUUGGAUACAUUAUAUAAUAAAAUUUUUUCAUCGCCCAAUGUAAAAGAUAAUUUAAAUACUUUACCAAUAGCUGUUGGAGGAAUAACAAAAUCUUCAGAUAUUGAUUUAUCAAAAGAUAACCGCACAGAAUAUAGUAUAGAUCAAGAUCAAAUAAUUGUUAAAGUGCUAUGUGAGUGGGCUCUUAGUAGCUUAAGGCAUGGUGAACAUCGAGGAAUGGCAGUUGCUAGAUUACUUGAUAAAAGACAAGCAGAAAUAACUGGACGAGAAAGUGAUUCUUCUGUAGAAAAUAUACCAAGUGGUCCUAAUGAAGAUAAAGAUUCAGUUGUUUCCACACCUGCUACACUGCCACUAUUUCAAUCUCUUUUAAUGCAUUUUCUUGACCAUGAUGCUCCAAUAUUAGAAAAUAAUCAUACAAGCCGCAUAACAUUUACAAAUUUGGUAAAUUUAUUUACGGAACUAAUAAGGAAUGAUGUGUUUUCACAUGAUGCCUAUAUGUGCACUUUAAUAUCAAGAGGCGAUUUACAAUCAAAUAAUGGAGGAAGUCAACAUUCAAGUAAUAGUAAACCUACAGAUACUCCAUCAGGUGCAGGUUCAACUCAAGGUCCAGCUCAUAUAGAAGAUGAUAACUUAUUUGAUUUAAAACCAAAUGUUCCAGAACAUCAUAAUCGACAUAUGGACUAUGAUGACAGUAAAAUUGAUGAUGAUUUAGAUAAAUUAUUGCAACAUAUUAAAGAAGAGCAACAAAAUUCAAUGGAUGCUCCUGAUUCUCCAAAAGUUGAACCUUUUGCUGGUUCAUCAAUUGGUGGGUUAGAUUCAAAUAAUCCAUCAACAAGUACUAAUGAAAACAUGUUAAAAGGUAGACCUUCACGACAUCUAUUAUAUGCAACACAUUUUCCAUUACCACUGGAUGAAGAAACUACUAGUCAUGAUUGUAACCAAAGGCAUGUUCUUUUAUAUGGUUUUGGAAAAAUGAGAGAUGAUGCUAGACAUACAAUUAAACGUAUAAGCAAAGAUAUCUGUAAACUAUUUAGUAAAAAAUUUAGCAUUGAUAUUGCUGAAGGUGGAAAAGUAAAGAAACAUUCUCGCAAUGAAUUCAAUUUUGAAGCAACUACUGCUAGAGUUCAAAAUUUGUCUUAUUUUGAUCAACAUGUUGUUACAUGGCAGUGUAGCCUCACAGUUCUUGAAUCUAUUAAUGCAUUUGCUACUGGAAAUUCAAAUUAUCUCCCUGUUCAAGAACAUGUGGCAUUCUUAUUUGAUCUUAUGGAGUUGGCUUUAAAUGUCAAUACACUUUUAGAUGUUUGCAUACAGAUCUUAAUGGAUAUACCUGAUGUUGAAGCACAACUAACUACUAAAGGAUCAUCUUUAGUGCGUUUAUAUACCACAUCAUUAGUUCUAUAUAUUGUUGGAGUAUUACGUAGAUACCACUGUUGUUUAUUAUUGAAUCAAGAGCAAGUUAUUGGAGCUUUUGAAAACCUUUAUAGAGUUGUAAAACAUGUUUCAAAUCCUGCUGAGUGUUUAAGUGUUGAAAGAUGUGUUCUUUCCCAUUUAUAUGAUUUAUAUUUAUCAGCAGCUCCACUUUUAAAAGGUCGCCUUCCUGGUACAGAACCCUUUAAUACUCUUUAUAUUAAAAUAAGACAAACAUUGCAUUCAAAUUUACAACCUUCAACUAUGACACAAGGAAACUGGAAUUCUAGUUACAUGAGUGAACUUAUUUUAUCAUAUAGAAGAGGAUAUAAAAUUGAUUCUGGAUGGUACAGGCAGCUGAAUGAAUCACAAAGUAAUCGUUAUAGCUUAGUGUGCAAUGUAAUAAUAGCAGUUGCAUCUGAAACUGAUAUAGAACGAUUAAAUGAUUUAGCUAUUCUCAGUGCAGAAUUGACUGCUUCUUGUAGUUCACUUGCUUCAGAGUGGCUAGGAGUUCUUAUGGCUUUAUGCUGUUCAUCAAAUAAUCCUAUUAUAUUUGGAGAUGUUUUUUCACAUGUUAAAAUGAAUGAUAUAGCUGUGCACAACUCACUAGCAUUAUUUACAUCAAUUCUUGUUGCAAGACAUUGUUUUUCUCUAGAAGAUUUUGUGGUACAUGUAGCUUUACCUUCUUUAUUGACUGUUAGUAAUGAAGGUCAUGGAGCAGCUGAUACAGAUCCUGAAGCAGAAGCAAGUGCAAGAUUGACUUGCCACUUACUUUUACGUCUUUUUAAAACUACAGAAGUACCACAACCUAGUUUAUACUCAGUUGGUGCAUCACCAAAUCCUAUACCAAAUACAAGUUCUGGUUGUAGUAUUAAACAAAGUUGUGAUAGACACUUAUUAGCGGCAGCUCAUAAUAAUAUCAGAGUUGGACCUUUGUUAGCUGUACUUAAAGCUAUUAUUGUUGUUGGUGAUGCAACAGCUCAGCGCCCCAAUCAGUCUAUAAAAAAAUCACCUUCUAGUCAAGUUAGUACUCCUGGAGGUACUAGUAAAAUGGCUGGUGAAUUGUCCAUCAGUCAUAUUUUAGGCACAACUGAUAUUUUAGGGGGAUCAGCUGAUCAUUUACUAAUGGAAUUAAGAGGACUUGGAAAUUCUGACACUCAAACUCCAGGUCUUUCAGAGUUAGCACAAUUUGUACUUAGAGAAAUAUGUAGUCAAGAAUGGGUAUUAGAACGCUGCUUACAAAAUCCAGAAGAACUGUGUCAUCAAGAUAUGCUUUUAGAUAGUAUGCUUUCUUCCAAACAGGCUCAAAGACUGCUGCAUAUGAUCUGUUAUCCUGAAACGGCAAGUGGUUUUGAUAUUUCAUUGGAUUCAAAGACCAUCAUUACAAAUAUUUUAGAAAAUUCUGACCAAUGGACUCUGAGAAUGUCUUGGUUAGAAAUGCAACUCAUGUUUAAACAAUUCACUACAAAUUCCCCUGAUUUAAACCAGUGGCUUGAUACAGUUGCCAAAGCUGCCAUUGAUAUGUUCCAGCAAAAUCCUAAUACCCAAAAUAAAAGCGAGUGUUUAAAAAAAACACAUUCAAUGUGGUUAUUAGCACCUCUUAUUUCAAAGUUACCUAGUGCUGUCCAAGGAAGAGUGUUGAAAGUAGCUGGUCAAGUUCUAGAAAGUGGAAAUAUGAUUGGACUUGGAAAUACAAAUUCAGGAAAUGUUACCCCUAUAGCAACUCAUGGAGUUAGUGGAGGAGGAAGUAGCAGCCGAAGUAGUAAUAAAGGCACUCCACCACACCCUCGACCUGCUCAAAAUCUAACUACUGUUACUCCAACUGCUGCUAUUUUAGCAUAUCAUCAGCCAUUUUUAUCUUUAGUACUUAGCUGUUUAAAAGGACAAGAUGAUCAAAAAGAAAAUUUACUUUCUUCUCUACAUAAUCAGUUAUCUCAAUAUUUGAUUUUAUCUAAAGAGGAACGCCUCGGAAUUCAAGAAGGUUGUGCUAAUAAUAAAGAAGUAAAUGCCAUACAAAACUCUCUUUCUCUAAGAUUUAGUCUUGUUGGAGGCAUGUUUGAUACGAUUCAACGUAAUACUACUCUAACAACUGAUUGGGCAGUUUUAUUAGUUCAAUUAGUUACAUAUUCUGUUAUUGAUUUGACUAAUAAUACGAAGUUAUUUAGUACAAUAAUCGAUAUGCUAGCAACAUUAAUACAUUCAACUCUUGUAUCAGAUUCUCAAACUGAAAAAGGAGAAGAAAAUCGUAAACAUUAUCAAAAUUUAAUGAAAAAAUUAAAAAAAGAGGUAGGAGAAAAAUAUUCUCCAUCAAUUUCCCAAGUUAGACAACUUCUACCUUUAGGGAAACAACAAUGCGAAAUUAUUUCUUGCGAACAAAUUGGUACUGAUGGUAAAGGCAAUAAAAUAUCAUCUGGGAUGGAUGCUAAUGAUAAACAAGGUUUGAAAGUAUGUGAUAAACAGCGUGUAAGUUCUUGGGAUCUUUUAGAAGGUCACAAAAAUCCUGCUCCUCUUUCAUGGUCAUGGUUCAGUGCUGUACGUGUGGAACGUAAACCAUUAUGGUAUGAAGAAAAUCAUAGAAUGCUCAAGUUCCAUACACAUUCAUUAGUUAAAACUUCAUCAUAUUUCUUAGAACCUUUACCAUUACCACCUGAAGACCUUGAACCUCCUCAAGAAAAACCGUGUCCUUGUGUUUAUUGUAACCAGAUUAAGAAUGUAGGGCCUGGUAUCAAUAUAGGCCCAGGAACAGGAAGACCAGAUACUCCAUCUUCAGUACCUGAAUCUCCAGGAAGAGGUAUAAAACGAGGUAUGAAAGCUCAAGGAGGACCUUCUAAUCAGCGCCGUAAAAAACAACAACAACCGCCUCCUAUGUCACCAUUAACUCCAAAUACUCAAAUGGGGCCAAGUCAAAUUCAUCCACAGAUGCAGGGACAACAAAAUCAACACAUGGCUUAUGGAGGUCCUAAUGGAGGAAUUUAUCCAAUGCAGCAAAAUACUGGCCCAAAUCCUGCCCAAAUUCCUCAACAAAAUCCUCAAUGGGGUAAUUAUGGACAACAGUCACAAGGAGGACCUUCUUUUUAUUCUCAGCAAGUACCUCCUACUCAAGGUCCAGGUCCUGGUUCAAGAUUUGAUAGACCAGUAAAUACAUCCAAACAAGCACUGAGCCAUAUGUUGCGAAUGAGAUUACCUACUAAUCAAUACAUGGGUCAAACUCCACAACAGCCUAAUAUGAACCCUAAUUUUCAACCAAUGCCAAGACAGCAAUUUAUUAGAAGAGGUCAACAUAAUGUACCGAUACAGCCUCCUCCACAACAACAAAAUUCUAAUCAAAUGUAUUCGCAACAACAACAACCAACUCAAAUGUAUUCUAAUAUGCAACAAAGUAUGAAUCAAAAUUAUGGUGGUUAUGUAGGACAACAAGCAGGAAUGAGACCACCUUAUAUGCAAAACCAAAAUGUACCUAUGAAUCCAAUGGGAGGCCCUCAAAAUCCUACUCCUCCAUACAAUCGCCCCACUGUUCCUAACCAGCAGGUACAAAACUCUCAAUAUCAACAGCAAUUGAGUCAACAGCGUAUUCGUCAUAUUAUGGCUAUGCAACAGCAGCAACAGCAACAGCAACAGCAACAUCUUAUGCAAAGACAAAUGCAAAAUCCUCAACAGCAACAAAGCCAUCCAUAUGGUUUACAGCCACCACCUUACUAAUUUUUAUUCAUUAAUUAUUUUAUAUUUGUAAAUAAAUUAUUAUAAUAGAACUUUAAUGUAAACUUAUACAAUCAUAGAAAAGUAUUGUAUGUCCAAUGUGACAUUUUUUUUUUUGUGAAAUUAUUUUAAAUGUUUAAUAGGAAACUGAUUUGUAUUUAUUCAUAUUAAAUGUAAUUGUUACAUUUUUAAAUAAAUAAUAAAUGUGUUAUAAAA